UUUUUUUCUUGUCAAUCCAGUGUCUUUUCAUUAUAUGUUUUUGUGAUUAAUCACUUUGUGGUUUUCUUACUAUUGUGUGUAUAUAACGCAUACAUUCAUAACUUUUUUUUUUAACCGUGUUCUUUUUUCGAGCCACAUGAUUCGUGCGGAGUGACUGUAAUUUAACCAAUCACGAUUCUGGAACAGGCCUUUACCCGCCCACGCCGCUUCCUUUCGUUGAAACCUCCUUUACUUUCCCGUCUUCCCCAAAGUGUUUUUUUAGCUUUGUGGGGAAAAUAGGUGUUGUCUUUUUUCUUCUUUGAACCCAGUGUGCUGGUUACACUGUUACAGGCAUUGUUUGCUGCUUUUGUAGGGGGAAAAUGGUGGUAGAGAGGACGCCUACAGAUUCCAGUUCUCAGGACAAGGCCGUGUUUACUUUAGAAGAGGUAAAAAAGCACAAUGUGAGCAAGAAUACCUGGGUGAUUAUCCAUGAUAAAGUCUACGAUGUCACCCACUUUCUGGAUGAGCACCCAGGAGGAGAAGAGGUAUUGUUGGAACAGGCUGGUGGUGAUGCUACAGAGAGUUUUGAAGAUGUUGGCCAUUCUAGUGAUGCCAGAGAGAUGUUGAAACAACACUACAUUGGGGAGUUGCAUCCGGAUGAUCGAAAAAAGGUGGGCCCAAAGGAUGUUUUUAUUACAACAACUUCAAGUCAAUCCAGUUUGUGGACAAAUUGGCUGAUUCCAGUUAUUGCAGUAGUUGUUUUGGGUUUGAUGUAUCGUUACUACAUGUUGGACAGCAAAUCCUGAAUACUGGUUUGGCUUUAUUUCUCCAUCCAGUUAGAAAAUUCAUUUCUCACUCUCUCUCUAUCAUCAAAGACCUUUCAUCUCUUCUUCCAACAAGGCCUGCAAAGAAGCCAACUUGUUAUUAUUGGAAUGCAAAAUACAAGUUUUUUGUUUUUUUUAAAUCCAUGUUUUACCAAAUCUACAAUUUUCUCAAAAGUACUUAUCUGGAUAACAGUAACAUUUACAUUGACAGCUCUUGAGGUAAAGCCAAUGCUGGGUAAGCAGACAGCCUACAGGUAGAAUAAAAAAAAAACUUUUUCAUUUGGAUUUGGUUUCAGGUAUGAAAUGACACACUUUCUACAUUUUAUUGUAAUCACUGUCAGUACUGUGUAAACAAGUGUGAAAAAACUGAAGCUAUUUUUACUCUACAUCUUAUGUGUGCUGCUUGCAUUUGUUGUUCAAAUACCAAUCUUUAAUUAUCUGCAUUCAUUUACUGAUUUUCAUAAGGUAACUGUUUAUAAAGAGGUAUUUUAUGGCAUCUUGUCUUCAAUAGGCAGGAUUUUAAAGGUUCAGUCAUAUUUUUGCUUUGAAUUGGCCCUUUGUUGCAUAAACCACUUUAUAUUUUAUUGUAAGAGGCACAACUACAUAUAAAAUGAAAUAAUAGUUAUACUCUUGAAUGUCUAUGUACACAUUUACUUCUUUUAAUUGUUCCCCUUAAAAUAAAGAUAUAAGAUGGCAUAUUAAAAGAA